AUGGGGCUGCCUUCUCCCCACAGAGCCCACAUCUAUGCCGGGCCAGCGCACAGGCCAGACACCAUCCUCUGCAAGGGAGUUGACCGUGGCAUUGUCCUUCCAGUGCACCAGGUGGCGGAGCGGGUGGAAGCCCUGGGGCAGUUUGUCAUGAAGACCAGGAGGACCCUCAAAGGCCAUGGGAAUAAAGUCCUGUGCAUGGACUGGUGCAAAGAUAAGCGGAGGAUCGUGAGCUCAUCACAGGAUGGGAAGGUGAUCGUGUGGGAUUCCUUCACUACGAACAAGGAGCAUGCAGUCACUAUGCCCUGCACGUGGGUGAUGGCGUGUGCUUAUGCCCCGUCGGGAUGUGCCAUUGCUUGUGGUGGUUUGGACAAUAAGUGUUCUGUGUAUCCUUUGACGUUUGACAAAAAUGAAAACAUGGCUGCCAAAAAGAAGUCUGUUGCUAUGCACACCAACUACCUGUCGGCCUGCAGCUUCACCAACUCUGACAUGCAGAUCCUGACGGCAAGCGGUGAUGGCACGUGCGCCCUGUGGGAUGUGGAGAGCGGGCAGCUGCUGCAGAGCUUCCACGGGCAUGGUGCUGACGUCCUCUGCUUGGACCUGGCCCCCUCAGAAACUGGAAACACCUUCGUGUCUGGGGGAUGUGACAAGAAAGCCAUGGUGUGGGACAUGCGCUCCGGCCAGUGUGUACAGGCAUUUGAAACACACGAAUCUGACAUCAACAGUGUCCGAUACUACCCGAGUGGAGAUGCCUUUGCUUCCGGGUCAGAUGAUGCUACGUGUCGCCUCUAUGACCUGCGAGCAGAUAGGGAGGUCGCCAUCUAUUCCAAAGAGAGUAUCAUAUUUGGAGCAUCCAGCGUGGACUUCUCCCUCAGUGGUCGCCUGCUGUUUGCUGGAUACAAUGAUUAUACUAUCAACGUCUGGGAUGUUCUCAAGGGGUCCCGAGUCUCCAUCCUAUUUGGACAUGAAAACCGUGUUAGCACUCUAAGAGUUUCCCCUGAUGGGACUGCUUUCUGCUCAGGAUCAUGGGAUCAUACCCUCAGAGUCUGGGCUUAAUCGUCUUCCCACAGUGCACACAUGUAUACCUAAGGAUUUGAAGUCUUCACAUAUAACUAGCUAGUUCUUCUAGAGGCGCUUAGGGUUUAUUGCAGUUUAGCUUAGGGAGCAACCCCAUGGCUCAAAGUUCACUAAGCAUCUCCAAUAUUACUCUUACAACUGCCACCCUGGAAAUAUCCUAGUGUGAGCCUUCAGCACUACAAGAAUACCUUCAAAUACAGUAUUUUUCAUUUGUGACACUUUUUAAAAUGUAUCUGUUUUUAAGGUUGUUCUAAGUUAUACCAGCCUAAACUCAUUCUGUUGUUACCAGUAGGCUUCAGCAUUUAAUAUAUUCCAUAUUAUUUCUUUGAACCAAUUUGUUUUUUAGAGCACUUUAAAGUCUGAUUUUUCUUGGUGUGCAUUGUGAUGUCUGGAACCUUCCUCUGGAAGUGCUGGUUUUAUGGACUGUCUGACCACUGCUAAUUGGUCUGGGAUAGAAGAAAAUUUCAAUUCCAAAUGUAAUUAGAUAAAAUCACUUUUUUUAGAAUGUGUUUUUAUUGUAAAAGUAUCUUUUUCAGCCUCUUGUCCUGUUGUCUUUUUUGAGAUAAAACAAUUUUGUCUGUGUGAACUGCUGUAAAUGAAGAGAGAUGUGCAUAAAAUGGACAGGAUGUUUGAUUCAUGAA